UUGUUUCUAGCCAUACAGGGAGCUCUAUGGGCUGUGUUGUCAUGGCCCUGCCUCCUUAGCACCAGCUUCCUGCUCGAGUGUACGGAUCAGGACCAAGUCAUCCACCCCUACUGUUUAUCCAUCUCACAGGAGAAGCUUCUGGACAGAGCGAUCCAGCAUGCUGAGCUCAUCUACCGCGUCUCCGAAGAGUUGUGCUCUAUGUUUGAGGACAUAUUUGUCCCAUAUCAAUUGCAGCUUCAGAGGAACCAGGCGGCUUAUGCGUGCAUUACUAAGGCCAUCCCCAUUCCAAACUCCAUUGGCGAAGUCCAGCAGAUGUCUGACAAAUGGUUGCUCCACUCUGUGCUAAUGCUGGUCCAGUCAUGGAUCGAGCCCUUGGUCUACCUACAGACAACACUGGACCGCUAUGAUGGCACUCCAGAAAUGCUCCUCAACAAAACCAAAUGGGUGUCUGACAAACUUAUCAGUCUGGAGCAUGGAGUGAUCGUUCUCAUCAAAAAGAUGCUGAAUGAGGGCCUACUGACAACGAGUUACAGCGAACAAGGCCUGUUCCAAUAUGACAUGCAAACAGACAUGGUGGAAUCUGUCAUGAGAGACUAUAUCUUAAUCAGCUGCUUCAAGAAAGAUUCCCAUAAGAUUGCGAUAUUCCUCAAGCUUCUCAAGUGUAGACAAACCGACAAUUACAACUGUGCAUGA